ACCUCUCUUUAAAAGCGUCAGUAAUAACCAAUUUCCUCAAUUCUGCUUCUCUUGCGCACUUCCCUCCCCGCGUGCGGCUAGCAUUGAAGACUUGCUCCGUUCUGUUUGUCGGAAGGAACUGCUUACGCUUUGGGGCUGGUCAGAACAAGGGGGCUGGUGCAAUUUGCAUGAAGCUCCCAUCCCCGAUAGGAUCACAUGGUGCUACUGCGAGAAGAACGGACGAUGGCGGUCGCCGGUAGCUGCUCUCUGCUCUUUCUAAUCGCGGGAUUCUUGCACCUUGCUGAACCCACCGGAGCCCUGCACACGGUGGGCUCCCUGCCCCUGGACUCGGUCACGUUCUACAAGGUAAUCCCCAAACUGAAGCAUGUCCUGGUGAAGAUUGACACACAGUAUCCUUAUGGAGAGAAGCAGGACGAGUUCAAGUUGUUAGCAGAAAACUCUGCUUCCAGCAAGGCCCUCGUGGUGGCUGAAGUUGGAAUAUCAGAUUAUGGUGAAAAGGAAAAUGCAGAGCUUGGUGUGAAAUAUAAUGUGGAAAAAGAUGACUAUCCUGUCUACCUGCUGUUCAGUAACGGGGAUUUGGAGAAUCCAGCCCGGUACACUGGGGAGAUUAAACAGGAAAACAUUCAGCAGUGGUUGAAAACUAAAGGUGUGUGGGUCGGGAUGCUGGGCUGCCUGGAGGAAUACGAUUUCCUUGCCCAGGAGUUCAGCGGCACAAGCAGUCAAGAAGAACGGCAGAAGAUCAUGGAGAAGGUGAAGAACAUGAUAGGGAAGCUGCCGGAGUCUGAGCAGAAGCUGGCAGAACAAUACUCCAAAAUUAUGAGCAAGGUCUUGGCGCAAGGCGACUCGUUUGUGAGCUCAGAGAUUGCGCGGAUUGGCAAACUGCUGGAGGAGAGCAAGAUGAGCUCGGCCAAGAAGACAGAGAUUCAGAAACGGCAGAACAUCCUGAGCUCCUUCCAGAUACCGAGUGUACCCAAAGAGGAGUUGUGAGGGGGACCUGGGUUCUGUUAAGUCUGGAGAAAGAAAGCUUCCUACUGUAAGUCAUGUUACUGCUGGAGUUGUCAGGAAAGGAGAGUCUUGCCUUCGGUAGCUCUCCCUUUCCCAAAUCCUGUCCCUGUCCCUUGCUAUGUAACAGCUACCCUCAGCUGCCACCUGGCAAGACCCACAUCGGGAGCAAGGGAGACAGAAGGUUACCAUCCCUUGCACUGUCCAUCCUUAAUCCCACCUCUCAGUCCUAGAGCAUGGAAGCCAAUAAUGUCAUGGCCCACCUCCUUACAAUCCCAUCCAACUCAGAACAGACUUGCAUUCAAUCUUGGCAUCUCAGUUUGGAAUGAUCGCAAACUGACAUGUAACUGCAACAGUCCCAAGUUCCUGUCCUUGAGAGGGAGCUUUCAGCAACCUUAUCUUCUUUCUUUGGCAGUACAUAGCACAAGGGACAGUCAAACAUCAUCACUUGACAUUUUCUUUGCUGUGCAGAGCUCCCAGUUGUGUGGUUGUACAGGAGCUACUUAACAGCAGUGCUCUACUGCAUUACGAUCUUCCAUACGGUGUUAUUGGUGGCUUGGGAUUGGUCACCUACAGUAAGGGGACGGCCGGUGACGCAGGCAGGCCAGCUGAGAGGAGGGGGUAACCAAUUGAAUCCAAAUUUAUUUUUCCCCCAAGCAUGUAAAAUUACGGUGAAUUUUACGCAAAUCUGCCCUUCAGCAGUGACAUGGUUAAGAGUUUUAAUUGUUUACAAGCAUUUUUACGAUUUUAAAUCUUAAAAAUACAUUGUUUCUGUAUGUUUUGUUGAACGUUUGCCGACACGUUUCAAACCAGGGCAGAGUUUGCCCUUCCAAAAGCCAAUCUCAUGCCAAGAAUGUUGCAGUGGGCUGUAUGCAAACUGAGGGCAGAAGUUAAAGGAAUAAGUUUGUAAAAGGGUGGUUCACUAACAACUGCAGAUGUUUUAGUUGUCUAGUUCUCCUCAUUUCCUCAGUGGUCACUUUAAUAGGUACACCGGCUCGCUAAUGCAAAUAUCUAAUCAGCCAAUCAUGUAGCAAUAUCUCAAUGCUCUGGCGUGGCAAUAUCUUUGAACAACAUUCCCUCAUGUUGUCAUUGGAGAGCAAGAGGAGGAACGGUACAGAAUCCCUGCUAAAGUCCAGGCUAAUUAUCGAAGUGUCACGAGUGAAGGCUGAUUUAUACUUGUGCGUACUAGCUUACGCUGUAGCCUACGCAAGUGGGCUACACCGUUGAGCAUUUAUACUUGUGCGUUGGUGUGUCUGCGUCGCUCUGCAAUUCACUGCCAAAACGCUAGCUGGCGGUGGGGUUUCUAUGCCACUGUGUUGAGUUUCUUCAUGUUGAAACUCAACACGAAGAAACUCAAGCUUUAAACAAUGGCAACUGAUACUGAAGGAGGGUGAAUUUUCUGUAUGUACAGUGAAGUAUCACUUAACAGAAUUGAGAAUUUUGAGCCAAGGUCGAUUUGUCAAAAAAAAAAUCGGCACGUCACACAUGCGCACACACCGGCCCGCACAAGGCUUCAUGGUCACGGUAGUCUUUCUCGGGGUAAACAAGUUUAAAGCGAGCAUCUUUUUUCGUAAAAGCGAAAUGUGUCCUCCAUAAUUUCGGAGGUCUGUAAAACUUUAUGGAAAGCAUUGCAGCCAGAGUUCCUUCCCUGCCCUUCAGUCACCCAAUGGGAAGCUAUUGCAGCAUAGGAGGAAAUGCGAUGCUACCAAGCGGACCAAUCACAGUUGUUUCGAUCUGCGUCGCCGCGACACAUAGUUACAUUUUGGGAGAGGUGUGCGUUAGACUAUGGCGUAGGGUUCGUGGCGAUGCCAUACCUACGGCGUAUAUUUGAUGCACAAGUAUAAAUCAGCCUUGAAGAACGUGUGCAAAUUUCCUCUCUCGCAGUAGAAGGCAGCCCAAUUUCAUUCCCUAGGUUUUCUCACUAAAUCGCAGAGACAGUCGUUUUACAGGACAGCCCAUCGACAGGGAUCUGUUGCCAGAACAAAAUCUGAAGUGACGUCAGGGUGAGGUAAGGAGUGCCCAAAUCCUAUUACAGACGCAUUCACAAAUUUAUUCUACUCUGUGGCAAUAAGUAAAAAUUUGGUACGAAUUUGGUAACAUCCAGUUUUUGCUCAAUUCUUAAUUAGAUUUUACUCUUUAAUUAGAUCUUCUUCCAACAAUCUAUCAGUGUUAUGAUUGUCCACAUGAAAACAAUUACUUGUGCUCUAAUUGUUUUAAAAAUGUAUUAAACUUGAUAAUUU